CUCAGGACAACGCGAGAGAGGUUUAUCCAUCAUGGCGCCCUCAGAGAGCUUGUUCAGGUCUCAGCCGAUGACCCUGACCCAGCUCUAUGUCGCCAACGAGAUCGGACGGGAGGUUGUCUCCGCCUUGGGAGAGCUCGGUGCUAUGCAGUUCCGCGAUCUCAACCCGGAAACUUCAGCCUUCCAGCGCACUUUCACUCAGGAGAUCCGCCGCCUAGACAACGUCGAACGCCAGCUCAACUACUUCCGUACCCAGAUCGAGAAGAGCGGCAUCGAGAUGCGCUCCAUCUACGAGUUCAGCAACACCAUGGCAGCGCCCUCUGCCUCUGAGAUCGAUGAGCUUUCAGACCGCAGCCAGAGCCUGGAGCAGCGCAUUCAAAGCUUGAACGAGAGCUACGAGACAUUGAAGAAGAGGGAGACUGAGCUUACCGAGUGGCGAUGGGUUUUGAGGGAGGCUGGAGGCUUUUUCGAUCGUGCUCGUGGACAGACGGAGGAGAUCCGCCAGUCUAUCGACUCCAACGACGAUGCGCCGCUGUUGCAGGAUAUGGAGCAGGCCACGAACAACAAUGAGGGUGCACAAAACAGCUUCAGCGUGAUGAACAUUGGCUUUGUCGCCGGUGUCAUCCCAAGAGAGCGUAUGGCAGCUUUCGAGCGUAUUCUCUGGCGUACGCUCCGCGGCAACCUGUACAUGAACCAGUCGGAGAUUCCUGAUCCGAUCAUCAAUGCGGAGAAGGGUGAAGAGACGUACAAGAAUGUGUUCGUCAUCUUCGCACACGGCAAGGAGAUCAUCGCAAAGAUCAGGAAGAUCUCGGAGAGCUUGGGCGCGGACAUUUACAGCGUGGAUGAGAACAGCGAGCUUCGCCGUGAUCAGAUCCACGAGGUCAAUAGCCGUCUUCAGGAUUUGGGCAAUGUUCUCGGCAACACCAAGCGUACCCUCGACGCGGAGCUCACCCAGAUCGGACGUUCUUUGGCCGCCUGGAUGAUUGUGAUCAAGAAGGAGAAGAGCGUCUACCAGACGCUCAACCGAUUCUCAUACGACCCGGCCAGGAAGACUUUGGUGGCAGAAGCCUGGUGCCCUACCAGUCAGCUCGGCUUGAUCAAGUCUACCCUGCAAGACGUCAACGACCGAGCUGGACUCACCGUGCCGACCAUUGUCAACCAGAUCAAGACUUCCAAGACCCCUCCAACUUACAACAAGACCAACAAGUUCACUCUCGGAUUCCAGACCAUCAUUGACGCCUACGGUACCGCCAAGUAUACUGAAGUCAACCCGGGAUUGCCGACUAUUGUCACAUUCCCCUUCCUCUUCGCUGUCAUGUUCGGUGACUUUGGCCACGGAUUCAUCAUGACCUGCGCCGCUGUUGCCAUGAUCUACUGGGAAAAGCCACUCCAGCGCGGCAAGCAGGAUGAGCUCUUCGGCAUGGCCUUUUACGGACGUUAUAUUAUGCUCAUGAUGGGCAUCUUCUCGAUGUACACUGGACUGAUCUACUGCGAUGUCUUCUCCAAGGACAUUCCUCUGGCCAAGAGUAUGUGGGAAUGGAACUUCCCCGACGAUUACACCAAUGGCACUGUCAAGGCUACUAGAGUCGAAGGAUACACAUACCCCUUCGGACUGGACUGGAGAUGGCACGACACUGAGAACGACCUCUUGUUCAGCAACAGUUACAAGAUGAAGCUCUCCAUCAUCAUGGGAUGGGCACACAUGACCUACUCUCUCUGCCUCUCCUACGUCAACGCCCGCCACUUCCGCUCUCCCAUCGACAUCUGGGGCAACUUCGUUCCCGGCAUGAUUUUCUUCCAGGGCAUCUUCGGCUAUCUCGUUCUGACCAUCGUCUGGAAAUGGUGCGUUGAUUGGUAUGCCGUUGGCGACCAACCACCCAGUCUUCUCAACAUGCUCAUCUACAUGUUCUUGUCGCCCGGCACCGUCACUGAGCGCCUCUAUGCCGGCCAAGGUACCGUGCAAGUCAUCCUCCUACUCCUCGCCGUCGCUCAAGUCCCGAUUAUGCUUUUCCUCAAGCCCUUCUACCUCCGCUGGGAGCACAACCGCGCUCGUGCGCAAGGAUACCGCGGAAUUGGCGAGACGACUCACGUCAGCGCUCUCGAUGACGACGAGGACGAAGGGCACACCAAUGGCGAUGCCAGCCGUCCUUCUUUCGCAGACAGCGACAUGGAUGGUGGAGCCGUCAUCACACAAGACAUCGGCCACGGCGAGGAAGGCGAAGAAUUCGAGUUCAGCGAAGUCAUGAUCCACCAGGUCAUCCACACCAUCGAAUUCUGCCUCAACUGCGUCUCCCACACAGCCUCCUACCUCCGCCUCUGGGCCCUCUCUCUUGCCCAUCAACAGCUCUCCAUCGUUCUCUGGAACAUGACCCUCUCCAACGCCUUCGCGAUGGAAGGUGCAGUCGGUAUCUUCGCCAUCUUCCUGGCCUUUGGUCUGUGGUUCAUUCUCACAAUCGCCGUGUUGGUGGUCAUGGAAGGUACGUCGGCCAUGUUGCAUUCGCUCCGAUUGCACUGGGUGGAGGCGAUGAGUAAACAUUUCGUCGGCGAGGGAGUCGCGUUUGAGCCGUUUAGUUUUAGGGUCAUGUUAGAGGACGAGUUGACGGAGUUGAAGUAA